AAACCAUGCGUUGCACUUUCCGUUCUGCACAAAGCGGCUGCGACUGAGAACAAAAAUAAACAAAGAACAAACAAGCGCAGCAAGCAAAAAAGAGGCCAAGCCGAAGAUGAAUUCCGGUGACACGUACACGCUAAGGUACAACAAAAAAAAACACCUUGCAGUGCUACUAUUCGAGUUAACAAAAUAUGAAAAAAAAAAAGAUGGCUUCAAGCCAGAUUUUGAAAACGAUGAAUUUUACAACCAGGUAGAAAAGCUCAUACAGCUGCUAUUUAAUUAUAUAUUUAAUUUAAGCAAAGAAAGCUACGCAGACUGCAAAGAUGACAUCCCUCAUGAGUGUUAUCAUUCCAGUUCUUCCGAAAAAUUAAGCGAUAUUUUAACAAAUUCUAGUGAAGACGAUGAAGAACUAUCGAACCUUUUCCCAUUUAAGGAAGCCCACGCGCAAGAAGGAGACACUCCACAUAUUGAUAAUGGCGAAGAGGAGGACAAACUCGAAUCUAUAGAGUUCAAAGGAAGGGGUGCGAAUGCUAACAAGAGUUUCAUGGAGACCUCCAGUUCAUCUUCCCACGACUCUCCCAACAUAGAUGACAAUAUAAACCGUGUCACCAGUGUACCCCUAAAAAAGGACAGACCCAAUAAGGCAUCUCUCCAAAAACAAAAUACUCAAAAAGAAUCAUCUCACGAAAGAAAUAAUAACCAUAUGUCCGAACAUUUUUUCAACUUUAAUUUAAAAUGCAACCAAAAUACACAAACGCUAAAGGAAAAAAAGAAGGUAGAAGAACAAAUAUUAAGCAUCUACUAUAAGAUCUUCUCUUCCAACAUCAUUGAUAUGCUUUUAAAUAGUCUCACUGUAGAAAUUUCAGAUAUUAUUUUAUUCUUCCUUUUCGAUAACGUUGGAAGUAUUGACGAUAUUAGUUCCUUCUUUACCAAGGGGCAUUACACCUUUGAGAUGAUACACACAUACAUUCAGAAGAAAAAAUUUAGUCGUGCUGUGACGUCUUCAAGUAAGGGAGCAUAUAAACACAGGUGCUCAAACAACCCAUCUCAUUUUGAAAAAAGGCACCAAACGGAGGAUACUAAAAAUGCGUGCAUUAGGGGAAAGGAACAAGAGGGUGACACACAGAGUACGGCGGAAAAAACUAAGAGAGGACAAAAUACAGAAGAACGAUGCCCCCCUUUAGACGCCAAAAGUAAGGUAGAAGGAGGUCCAUCUCUGAAUGAAGAAUGGUCUACUACCAACAUCAGCGCUCAAAAAAUCACAAACGAUGACAAUGCAAAUGAUGCAAACGGGGAAAAUGAAGAGGGAAACAGUACCUAUUACUUAAGCGAAAUAUUGCCAGAAAACAUUAUCCACUACUCAAGCGAAAUGUUGCCAGAAGAAGGCGCAAAAGAUAUAAACCUACCCUCGGCGAGCAACCAUCCUCGGGACGUCUCUAAACUAAGAAAUGCUCUCAUUAAAGAGGACACAUUAAUUGUUGAAAAUUUUCACUUCCAGUUAAACAAAUCCUCCGUUCUGCUUAACAAAUUUAUCAGCGUGUUAAAUGUACAUCUAGAAAAGCAGAAGCAUUUCAAAUUCUGCACUGAUAUAUUUUUCGUAAAAAAUUUAAGGUUGAGCUUUUUGGAAGCAUCGAAGCCGUGGAUUUUCUAUUGGUGUAUUCACACUAUCUACAUCUUACAUAACGAUUUGGAGAUUGAGCAGAAGUUAGGCAAGACCACCUUUGGUUAUAUAAAACAGUGCGUCUUCGUCUAUUUAAAUAAAAUAAAAAACGAAAAUGGAGCCUUAGGAGGUGGACUAAAUCAGUAUACCCACAUAGCGACUACGUACGCGGCGGUAUGUGUGUUUAUAUACCUACACGAUGACGAAAAUAAUUUUUUAAGCUUUCUAGAUAAAAAAAAAUUACACUCCUAUAUCCUUAAGUUAAAAUGUAAAGAUGGUUCAUUUCGAUUACACAAAAAUGGGGAGAUAGACAUGAGAGGCACCUACUGUGCUAUAGCAGUAUGUUCCAUGUGUCACAUACUAACUAAUGAAGUAAAAAAAAAUGUGGAAAAAUAUAUUCUGUCCUGUCAAAAUUACGAAGGCGGAUUUACAAGUGAAAAAUUUCAAGAAAGUCACGGAGGUUAUACCUAUUGCGCCUUAGCUACUUUGUGCAUUCUAGGAAAAGUUCAAAAAGUGAAUAUGAAUAAAUUAGUACAUUGGCUAAUUAACAAACAAGGGAACUUAGAGGGCGCGUUUAUGGGAAGAACCAAUAAAUUAGUGGAUGCUUGCUACUCAUUCUGGAUUGGAUCCAUUUUCUUUUUAAUAAACGAAAUGCAUAUAUUAAAGCAGUUCCUGCAGAGUUGCAAAAAUGGAAAUAAAAAAAAGCAUAUUCGUGGAAGAGACCAAAUUGUGGAUAACACAGAUUUCCCCAAUUUUAAUGAGCCAAACAAUUUUGAAAAAAUGAAUGUAAUGGGAAGCAGUUCAAAUGGGGCAAAAGGUGAACAUCCCUCUAUCGACACAGCGGAUAACCACAAAACGCGUAACAAAGCUAAGGGCAGUCAUCACUCUGACUGCAUCGAUGCGCCGUCCAAAUCGGAUCACAUGAGUAGUAAGAACCCCCCCAUGACAACUCAAAUACACAAAGAACAAAUCAACUUUGAAAAUUAUAAAAAUAAAUUCUUGCAAAAAAAAGUCAUGUUUAAUAUGAAUUUCUUAAAGCUCUAUUUGCUCGUAUGCUCUCAAAGCAAUAAGGGUGGCAUGAAGGACAAGCCGAUGGAAAAAGUUGAUUAUUAUCAUACGUGCUAUGCCUUAAGUGGUUUGUCCAUAAUAGAAAACUACAUAUUGUCACAUAAACCAGACGAUGAGACGUACAAUACGGACCAUAUAAAUCACCUGAACAGAAUUCACAUCCUUUACAAUAUAACCGUUUCAAAGGUAUACAAAAGUUACACCUACUUUUCUCCCUCUUUUCCGCUAAGUGAAAACAAGAUUAAUCACCGAGUUGGGAAGGGUGCUUACUUAUAUUUGAAGCGGCUCCUUUGCUG